ACAGAAACGAACCUCGGUGUGAAGAUUUGGUACUACUUUUACCCCCACCCAUCAUUUAUUUAUCUUCAUCAGAGAAGUUUUCAAUUUUUGGACGUGAACACUCUUACAUUGUUUGUGAUUCUUGUCACUUGAAAUCCUCGAUACACGUUUGUAGUUUUAUGUAAAAUUUAUAUAGCUUCGAAGUUUUUUGCCAAGACUAUUCAUGGAAGGCCAUCAUACGUCAGAAACUGACAGGUGUGUAAUGAUGUCUUGGGUUUAUCGGACUCAUUAUCGGCAAGUCAAGUUACAUCCACAUGAGACGAGAGUGGAAAUAUAAGACAAGAUUCCUAGACAUUGAAAGCAAUUUUAAGAUGGAUUUAGGAUGCAACAUGGAGUUCAGCUUUCCAGAAGCAGGCCAGUUAAACGAUGCAAUGUUCGGAACAAGUCAGUCCAGUAUAGCGGACAAAUUGGACCUUGGAACUGUGCAGCUGUUAGAUACCGUAUCUGGGACAACCCAGUGUGUUGGUCACCAUGACAAUGUGGACAAACAUCUGUCUGCCUCAGAUUUUCGUCUUGAUCUUGGUCCUGCCAAUGAUUUGGUUUCAACAACUGAUUUUCCUUUGGUUAACCCAGUGCCAGAUAUAGGAACAGACUCUGUAGAAGAGUGCAGUGAGGGAUACAGUAUUGUGAAUGCUGCUUUAGAGGGGGGAGGCAUUCUAACGAAGCAGCCUAUUCCUUCAUCCAAUACAUUAAACCUAGGAAAUGUGACAAAUAUACAGCCAAUUCAGCUGAACCAAGCCAGCUUGUUGGGAAUGCCGGCCAUACAGGUCAUCCCAAUAGAGAACAUGCAAUUGUUGUCGUCAAUCAAAUCCUUGGGACAUUGCCAGAACAUUCAGCCUUCACCGGCAACUCCAAUCCAGCCAGGAACCUCUGCCACACCUCUGGUACAGAGCAAUUCUCCUGCAGCGGUGCUGCUUGGCAAUGUUUUACUCUUACAGUCCCUACCUGGACAGUUUAAUCAGAACAAUUUGUCCUAUCAGAGCACCUCCUCUCAUUCACAUCAAAGCAUUGCAACCCCAACACAGAUUUUGCAGAUUUCAAAUGACCCGAAUACUGCAGGUCCUGUUCACAAUACAAUUGUCCAAGAUUCGUUGAGAGGGAAAGUGGUCAGUGAAAUAUUGGAGGAGGGCGUCACCAUAAAAACCCUCCUGCAGAAGAGUAACAGAAACGCUAGCAUGCACAUUAAGAGACGAGAAUUGUCUAAAUUUCAAGAGAGCAUCAAUGGAGGGCAAUCACCUGUGUCUUGUAAUGAAAGAAAACCUGUGAAAGUGUAUGUAGAUAAACAGACAGAUACAGAAUAUUUAUCACAUAGUAAAGAGUCAUCUGACAAUCAGAAAAACACUAAAAUCCUGGUGUAUGGGAAAAACAUUGCACUUACGUUCGACUGUCGUAAUCAGAAUUUCGUCAUGGAAUCCCUGACUAAAGCAAUGAAAGGGAAUCAAACUCCUUCACCUAAAGAAGUCAGCAUCGAAAUAGGAAAGACUGUUGAUACAGAUAUUCAACAGAAAGUAGGAGAAUUUAACAGCUCGUUUAGAGAAGUGAAGUAUGUAUCCAUAUUAAAUCCUGUAAAAAAAGCUAAAACAGAGUCUUCAGAUGAGUCAAGGCCAUUGAUUUCUGUUAAAACAGGGGGUGAUGAAAUCUGUGCAAAUGAUCAAGAUGAAGACCCUGAAACUGAGCAUCAGCAAUUCAGAAUGAUUGAUAUUGCAUCAACUGCAUCAAAAAUAGGCACAGUUACCCCAGACUCCAGGGAAAUGCAUUACAGCAGGGAAACCAUCUCAUCAGAAUGUGAACCCAGAACAAAUUCAGAAAUGGUCAGCGUAGACCCUGGAGAAAGCUCAGACAAAGUGGCUGUCCUCUCAGUGGUCAAGCAAGAUCAGAGAUUGGAUGAGCUAGAUCAAGACGAUGAAGAACAUAUGUACAAGUGUGACCUCUGUAGCGCCUCAUUCAGCCGAGUGGGAAAUUACACACGACAUCGGAUGAUCCACACAGUCAACACACAGGAUAACUACAGAUACAAAUGCUCCGAUUGUGGACGACUUUUUCUACAGCGUUGUGACAUGAAACGACAUAUGUUGAUCCAUACCAAACAGGAACCUCAUAGAUGUACAGUGUGUAACAAAGGUUACAUUAGAAAAAGUGAUUUGGUGGUUCACAUGAGAUUUCAUUCUAAGGAUAGAGCUUACAAGUGUACCCAUUGUGAAAAGCAGUUCUUCCAGUCAGGUGACCUUAAUCGUCAUGUGAGGAACGUCCACUUGCUGGCCCCACUCCUGAAGUGCGGUCACUGUAACAGACAGUUUGUUAAAGAGUCCACACUAAUCCGACACAUGCAGACCACACACAAGGACAUCAUCAUCAAAUCACUGAGAGAUAAGCUAGAUAAAACACCUACUGACAAACAAAUGCUAACAAGUGCAAAAGCAUGCAGUAAAGAGAAAACCCAAGAUAAUAGCAGAUUCUGAGGUAUCUUGGAGGGGGAGGGGGUAACCUAUACUCAUGUUUUGAGCGAAAGAACUGAGACCCAAGGAGCACAAGGAACAAAUGAGACUGUUAUUUUGUACCAUCAACUGUGUAACAUGGACAGACCAGACUAUUUGUACCAUUUGUUCUGUAAUAUCCUUCCUGCAUGACUAAGUACUACAACUAUUCAGCAGUUCAAGUAUAUGAUGCGAUAUGAACAAAUUCAGUUCAAGAUUGUAUUCAAACAUUUUAAUUCAAUAUAAUUUUUUAUAACAGAUUUAAGAUGUAUUAACCUCUGAUGACUACGUAGAAGAAGAUCUCCCUCUUUACACUAUCAUUUAGUGAAAGAUUUUGUGUGGCAACCUUUUUUUGAACUACCACCUUGUAAACAAUUUAAAAGAACAGUCACAGUGGGCAAAUUUAAAGCUUUUUCUAUGAAAUUCUGUAGUGACCUUGACCUUUGGACCUCUAAAUAAAUAGAGUUCCUCCACUCUUAAUAACAAACCUACAUGUGAAGUAUCAAAUCAACAAAAGAUGUGGCCUAUAGAGUAUCUACAAGCUUUUUCUAUAUAGCCUUGUAGUGACCUUGAACUUUGACCUUUUUUAAAAUGAAAUGUGAAUUAUCAAAUAAAUCGAGCAAAAAAAUGUGGCCUGUGAGUGUUUACAAGCUUUCGUUGUGAAGUCCCAUAGUGACCUUGACCUUUGGAUUCCAAAAUCAAUAGCAGUGGUGGAUUUAGAGGGGGCGCCCCCCCCCCCCCCCUAAAAUUUUCAAAUUUAAGGUAAAUCGCAGUAUCUUGUUUCGGAAAAUGUACUAAACGAUAAAAGAAGCAAUAAUUUCUUCCACUCCCGGAGAAAUAAAUGACAAAAUCUUUUGAUUUCUUGAAUUACUUUAUUGGGAGAACUUAAUUUUUUCAAAAAAACCCUUAAAAUGUGGGUCAUUUUAUUAAUUUCACCUUAUUAAAAUGAUAGAAAAUAGUACAAAUGAUUAAAUAGGAGAAAUAUUUCAAGCCCCAUGAAAUCUGUAAAAUCCAGGCUCCGGGAUCAUGAAACUGUCUUAAAGUUAAGUCAAAAUUUUGACUUUAAAUUAAGAUUUGAACUUAGCUAAGAUUGCUGACUUAAAUGGAUCACAAAACGAACUUAAGCAAAUCUUAACUAAGAUUGUCUUAACUUAAGUCUAAGUCUAGAAUCUUGAAUUGCUAUGGCAACAAGGAACUCUUUUGUGUAGAGGUAACAAUAGGAUAUAAAAAAUAAACGACUUAAACAACAUAGGCAGUGUCUAAAAUGUCUAGUUUAUGAUCACUAUUGCUGACGCAGGCACAUACAUGUACAUGUAGCAAAACCUUUUUCGUUAUUACAUACAAAGUUUGAUGUAUUGACCCCGUCACCUCCCUCUUUUUAAAAGUACAUGUAAUAAUGAAUGAAAGUGGAAAUGUAAGACUGAUUGAAGCGAUAAUUUUAUUAAAUUCAAUGCCUGUAUUUAUUUUGUCGACUUCUUGCGUAGCAAAGAAGGAUAACUCUAAUUUAUUUCAAAUUCGGGCUCGGACUCCACAUUAUUCGUGUGCAAAUGCAGACUUCAAGUAAUGAUUGUUUUCUUCUUCCACAUUAUCAACAAACUCAGUCAGGUAAAUACAUGUACUUUUGUAGUCGUAACUUUUUAGUGAAACAACCGUGAAUGUACGUGCUACUUUCACGUUUACAUCUACUUUACGAACUACGAUCAGGUAGUGAAACGGACAAUCAAUCCUGCGAUAUUUUGAUCACAUAAGAAAUCAUAUUUAUAAAUGCCUAUAUGUUUGAAUACACCCGCUCUCAAUUUUUCCAGGCUAGCGAACGUGUUACAAUUUUUUUCAUUAUAUGAUUUUUAACGUCAAGAUUCUGUGUUUACAAUCUACUGAUGGUCUAUUUUUUCUUAAAGAAAUGAUUUGUCCUCUUCUUGGUCGGGGCAGACCUCUUCAACGACGGACAUCACGCUCAUUUUCUCAUACUCGCCUCAAAAAUGCAACCAGCGCGGUCAUUUUGAAUUAACUUAGCGACAGUCUUAGAAAGUUAAGACAGCUCUUAAAAUUUAAGACAAAAUACCAAUCUUAAGUCUAAGUGAUUUUUUUGUGAUCCAUUUUAAGACCAUUCGUAAGAUUUAAGUGCAACUUUAUUGAUUUAAGACAAUCUUAAAGUUUACGACAGUUUCAUGAUCCUGGAGCCAGGAGCUUCCAGGGGCUUUGCCCCCAUGACCCCCACCAGGGCUUCGUCCUGGACCCACUGCUUCAUAAAGUGGCACCCCCCCCCCGUAACCGCAAUUCCUGGAUCCGCCCCUGAAUAGGGUUUUCCUCUUGAUAACAAAGCUGUAUGUGAAGUAUCAAAUCAAUCGAACGAAAACGUGACCUGUAGAGUGUGUACAAGCUCAGCAUGACAUACACACGCACACUCUCACACACACACACUCUCACACAUCCCCACACUCUCACACAUAGUGACAUACCCACACUCUCACGGUUCUGUUACUAUAUCCCUCUCUCAAUGAAUCGUGAGGGGAAGAUAACUUUGAUAUUUCUAAAAAGCUUGUUUUGAUGCCCUGAGUGCUUCUAUUUAGGUCAAAGUUGAAGCAUUCAGUGUUUAGAUUUAGCUCAAAUUAAAAAAAAAAAGAAGUUAAAAUGAUAAAGAUGGAAAUUUUGAGAGAGAAAUGCUUUAUCAGGAAAUUUAUGUUUUUUGCUAAGGAGUCAGACUUCACAGGAGAGCAGGCUUGUUAGAGGGAGACAUCUGCGUAAAUCAGGAGGGUUAAUUAAUUAACAUGAUUAAGUACUUACAUCGAAUGAUGGUUUUUCUGGUGACUGUGGAUUCCAAAUCAAAUUAAAGAAUUGAAUGUAGAAAAAUCGUCAGACUAUGGCGUUUUUUGUUGGCUUUUUUUAAAGCAGUGAUACAAAUGGUAAAUUUUCUCCUCUGUUCUUUUUAAAACUUAUAUACACGUAACUUGUGAUGAAGGCCUAUAUCACUGCUAUUACAUGCAGUUAUUGUUGGUUAAUAUGAGCAAGGUUAGUGAUUUUAAAAGGCUCCUGGGAGCUUGUAUUAUUUUUGUGUUAAAUCUAUAUAUGAUCAAUGCUGCAAUGGUGUGUGUAUAUAAUGUUCAUACAAACAAUAUCGUAAUACACAACCAGACUGUAAACCAGUGCAUGUAGCUGUUAUAGGCGGAUCAGUAGGCCAUCAUAAAAUCGUGGACUUUUUGUCGAAGUUUAAAAGGUGUAAGUGCAAAUGACUAUAUAAUCACUCAUAUUUAUAUAUAUUUUUAAUAUUAGGAGAAAACUGAAUAAGAUUUAAAGUUUAUUUUAUACACCAGUGACUUGGAAGUUGUAUUGUUAUUUUAUCCUGUAGUUGGAAAUUAACCUUUUGCAGUAUCAGAAAACGUUAGUUUUGAUAAUUACGAAAAAGACAACUGAAGUCCGUUUGAUGGAAUUUAUACGAGUCAAAUUUUGUUGAUGGAAAAAAUUACUAAUAGUUAUCCGGAAGGUACACAUUUUCAGAUGGAAAUUUGGAGGGGGGGGGGGGGGGGAUUAGUUAUGAAUGGAAGAUGCACAUUUUCGGGGAGAAAAAGACAAAUUUCUGCAACAUCAUAUUUGUGAUUAUCCUGUUGACACUGUUAAAUUUAUGCCCAAAUAAUUAUAAUCAUGGUUUUAAUACCUUCCAAUACAGAAAACUUUCUGUGGGUCAGUUGAUGUAAUAUUUAUUGUAUUUCACAGUUGCUAUAUUGGGUACUAUGUGGUGACAAUAAAUGACUGAUCAUUUUUAAAUACAAAAUGUAUUAUGUUCUCAUCUCUUGUGUGUUUCUUUACAUGUGUCAGUUUAGUUUUCUGUAUACGUUUGUGUUUUAUUGUGUUUUAUGUUUUAAAAAGGGUUUGUGCAAUAUAUGUAUAUUUUAUAUUACUAUUUUGAAGUUGUAGAAGAUGUGAUAAAUUUCAUAAAAAUAAAGAAGUAUUUACAAC